UUCACUCUUUUAGCCCUCCGGUGCUCAUCAACACGCUGCAGCAAGCAAUCUUUCUUUUGGACGGAUUUUUUUUACUGCUCUUCGUGGUCCUUAGCAGCACAUGCAAGGCUGCAGCAACCUCUACACCUCCAAUUUCAUAUUUAGACAAUCAUCACUGACCGGCUGCUCUUCAGAUGCUGGGAGACAAGGCUCACGGUGUUACUCUGAAGGUUAUGGAAUACACAUAUGAUGAUGACCUGGAAGAGUUGUGUCCUGUGUGUGGAGACAAAGUGUCCGGGUAUCACUAUGGGCUUCUCACCUGCGAGAGCUGCAAGGGCUUCUUCAAAAGAACAGUGCAGAACAACAAGAGGUACGCCUGCGCUGAAAACCAGGAGUGCAAAAUCGACAAGACCCAGCGGAAGCGAUGUCCUUUCUGCCGCUUCCAAAAAUGUCUCAACGUAGGGAUGCGACUCGAAGCUGUGCGCGCCGAUCGCAUGCGUGGGGGGAGGAACAAAUUCGGGCCCAUGUACAAGAGGGACCGGGCCUUGAAGCAGCAGAAGAAGGCUUUGAUUCGAUCCAACGGCUUCAAGCUGGAGACGGCGGCUCCUCCGUCCGCCUCUCCUCUGCACGCCGACUACGGCUUCACCGGCACCCUGCACAGCAUGCCCACCCUCCCCAAAAACAUCCUACCCUCUACCCCCGGCUCCAUCACCCCCACGGACUACGAGGCCAACCUCUAUGGCCCCCCAUCCUUGUCCUUGCAGCCCCACGUGUCUCUUGGCAGUGAGUACCAGUACCCCGCCUUCCCCAGCAGGGCCAUCAAGGCGGAGUGUCCCGACUACACCAGCUCUCCCGAGUCUCUACCGGGCUACGCCUACCCGGACAUGUACCCCUCGGCCUCGCCGCAGCCCCCCAGUCUACCCCCGUUGGUGGCGGAGAUGCUGCGUUGCGACCCAGACGAGCUGGUGGUCCAGAACAAAAUCGUGGCUCAUCUGCAGCAGGAGCAGAGCGGCCGAGGCCGCCUGGAUAAGCCCGGCGCCUUCAGCCUCAUGUGUCGGAUGGCGGACCAGACCCUCUUCUCUAUCGUGGAGUGGGCUCGCAGCUGCAGCUUCUUCAAGGAGCUCAGGGUGGGAGAUCAAAUGAAACUGCUGCACAACUGCUGGUCAGAACUUCUGGUCCUGGAUCACAUUUUCAGACAAGUGCAACAUGGAAAGGGAGACAGUAUCCUGCUGGUAACUGGCCAAGAGGUUGAGAUGUCUGCUAUUCUCUCACAAGGCGAGGCGAUGCUUACAAGUUUGGUGCAAAGAGGACAGGAGCUGGCGGGGAGGUUGCGGGUCGUGCAAGUGGACCGCAGGGAGAUUGCCUGCCUGAAAUUCCUCCUCCUAUUCAACCCUAAUGUGAAGCUGCUGGAGAACCAGGCGUUUGUGGAGGGCGUUCAGGAGCAGGUGAACGGAGCUCUGCUGGAGUACACCCUGACCACCUACCCUCAAUACCACGAGAAGUUUAGCCAGCUGGUAGUGCGCUUGCCGGAGCUCCGCUCCCUCAGCAUGCAGGCGGAGGACUACUUGUGCUACAUGCACCUGAGCGGGGAGGUGCCCUGCAACAACCUGCUGAUCGAGAUGCUGCACGCCAAGAAAGCGUGUGUGUGAGGCAGGAUGCGCGUGUGUCUCGGUAAGGAUGUUUGUGACGUCUGAAAUGACAAAGUCAGGCUCGUAUUUGUGAGAGCGUUUGAGUUACAAAGCAGGACAAAGAGGUUCUUUUGAGUUUUAGAAAAGCCCCAUUUGUGGUCAUUUUAAGCCGAAAUGUCCCAUUUGUGUAUACAUACUGUGUAUAUAUGCAGCAUCCUUGAAUUGGCUAACAUAAAUACAGGGUACCGAUACUGAUACCGAUACUCAUACCGCUUUUUUAGCUUGAACGUCUUCAGAAUCGAAUGAUUUGUUGAUAAUAAUUAGAAUAGAAGGCAGGAUAAACAUUUUAGGCAAACAAACAAACAAAAAUGAUCAACAAUCUUAUUUGUGAACAAUCUAACAAUAUAAUAGAUUAUAUAACAAUAAAAAAGGAGCAUCCAUUCAUCUUAAAUGCCACUUAUCCUCACUAGGGUCACGGGGGUAUGCUGGAGCCUAUCCCAGCUCAUUUUAAGCAAGAGGCGGGGUACACCCUGGACUGGUCACCAGCCAAUGGCAGGGCACAUAUAGACAAACAACCAAUCACACUCACAUUCAUACCUAUGGACAAUUUAGAGUCUCCAAUUAACCUAACAUGCAUGUUUUUGGAAUGUGGGAGGAAACCGGAGUACCCGGAGAAAACAUGCAAACACAGAUGCCCGACGAAAAUUUGAACCCAGGUCUUCCACAUCUCCUGACUGUGUGGUUAGCCAACAUGCUAACCACUAGGCCACCGUGCGGCCGGCAAAGGAACGUCGCGCUUUCAAUUUCACGGCUUCACUCUCUCACGGUUUUUCAAAAUAUAUGAAUUAAUAAAUCAUGCUGUUUCGUGGUUGAAAAAAAAUAUGGAUAUUGAAGCACAUUUUUCGCUUAAAUGAAGCAUUCUCCAACGUAAACGUGGCUGAAUGAAGUAAAAUACAAAUAUAAGGCAUUUAGAAGACUCAUUCAAAUACGUAGUAUUCUACACUGGUCACUAGGUGUCAGUAAUGUUCCUUUAAUGUCGGGUGAGACACACAAGCACCAGACUGGAUUGACGGAACGACAGGCUGUGAUUGAAGGUUUAGGUAACAAGCGCAAUAAUUGCUAACACGGGCUACUGUUGCGGCCGUAACCCACGAUAAGCUAAAACUCAACUCUGAACCCCCAACGUCACGUGAUGUCCGGCACCCCCACUCAGCUCCUCUAGCACCGGAACACAUUUCGUAUUAUUUAUUUCUUGUUUUCUCUUCCUGUGUCUACUAUAUUGGGUGAUAGGAGUUGAUUAUGGGGGUGUUAUUUCAUGUGUAGAGUGCUCUGAUAAUGUUAAAAAACAUAUUUAGAAGGUUGUAAACAGGCUUUCUAUGCUCUAACUUUGAAAGCAUUUCAUUUAUAAAUAAGGAAUCCUACUUCACGGAAAUCCCAAAAUCAGGGGCAGGUCUGGAACCAACUAACCACGAUAAACGAGGGAUUACUGGAUUUUCUUUUAUUACAUACAUUUUUUUUUUUUUUCAAGAAUAGAUAAGACAGUUCCAGCCUGAUGAAGCCUUCUCGGAUCUUGUAAGACAAACUGAACAGUCUAGUAGCGAUCCAUUCAAUGCCCGGAGAAUAUUCUGGUGCCGAUUCUAUCGAUAUUUGCUUUGAUUCGCCCACCCCCAGCUAACGUAUAAAGUCCAGUCAUCACCACGUAUACAUGUACACAACAUAAAGUUGCUACUGUCUUUAAGACAUUUUGCUAUACAAACUUGCAAGUUGCGCCGAGUGUCAUAAAAAAAUGUGUUUUGAGGUCGUUUCCAUCGAUGCUUUACUUGAUCAUUUGUACGGGCAAAACCAGCUUCUUUCAUUUUUGAAGGUACGGCAGAUCCCCGCUUAUUUCAGGGUUACGUUCCAAGUCUACCCGCGGCUGGCGAAAAACCGCAACUAAUUGGUUCACCCAGAAAAAGGUUUAUUUUUGACACACGGCUCGCUCCUCCCCCUCCAAACCCUUCUGCUAGCUUGAUGUUGACCUUCCCCUGCGACUCCAUUCCCAUUGUUUACUUGGGACACAGUCCUGGUUUAAGCCCUAAAUAUGCCUCACACACUUUAAACACAUUUCAAGUAUAAAACUACUCGCCACUAAUGAUUGGUGCUGUCAAAUGAUCCAUGAACACAUGGAAUCGGGGUAACUGUGUCGCCUUUGGCCUGGUCUAGUAAAGCAUUACCAUCUUGUACGAACUGCUCUUCACCUCACUGCAAGUUUUGAGGGCGGAUUGACUGUCGAAGCGAGUGCUAACGCAGCCAAACAAACUUUUGAAUCACACGCAACAAAGGUGCGUUCAAGGACCGCCAAAUAAACAACGCUUGACGAAAAAGCAUAACCAGUGAAAUAAACUGUGGGCUUUCUAACGGUGGUGCAUGUAUGCUGUGUAUUUAACCUUUAUGACAGGGGUAGGGAACCUAUGGCUCGGGAGCCAGAUGUGGCUCUUUAGAUGACUGCAUCUGGCUCUCAGACAUUUCUUAACACCAUAAAAUGUGUUUUAUUUUAAUUUGUUUUCCUGACAUUUUAAAGUAAAAGAUUACAGAAAUCAGUGUUAAAAAUAGCAUUUAAAAUAUGCAUUCUAAUGCAUUUUAAUCCAUUUGAUUUUGUAGCGCAAUGCCAGCUGUCCUUUCCAUGUUUUCCGUGUCAGACACCAAAACUUGAUUAUUAUUGGGGUCGUCCCUCCUUUAAUCAAAUAGUCAGCUAGCUAAUUGUGCAGAGACAACCCUUUUGACGAAAAAGGGAAAGAAAGAUACGGAGUAGCGCACAAAACCAUGCAGCAGCAGAAGUUGCAUUAAUAGUAAAAAGUAAUGUAUUUAUUAUUGGUUAGCUUCAAUAUAACAUUUUUAUUAAAAAGAAUAAAUUCAGAGACUUAUAUUCUAAAAUUGUUGGUCUUCCAUAAAUAUACACACAUUUGGUUGUAUUCGGUGAUAUGGCUCUCACGGAAAUACAUUUUUAAAUAUGUGGCUUUCAUGGCUCUCUUUGCCAAAAAGGUUCCCGACCCCUGCUUUAUGAUUACGUAUUUAUAAAUGAUUGCCAGCUUAUGGUGAAUGUCUUGUCAGCAGAAGAAACUGCCUAUUUUUGGAGAAAACUAUUUUAAAAAUCAUUUUUUGCAGUCUGCAAAUUUGCAGGGUUGCGAAUGCUGAAUCUGGAAUAUGAAACCAACCAAUAUUACAAUUCCUUUCCUUACGUCCACCUAAGCACUCCAUACAACAGUAUUUAAGCCUUUAAGGAUGUCUGUCACGGGCAUCAAACACGAAAACGGCCUUGAUUCAAAAUUGGCAACAGUGUUUGGAAAAUGUGCUAUAUUUUGGUCCGUACAGGAAUAUUGUGUGCACGCAAGCGUAGUGAUCCUUCUCAUGACAAAUGUGAACUAUUUUGACAAAGCUUUACUUUAAAAAAAGCUGUGCAGAGGGAGCGGAUGCUUAACUGUGUGAUAGGAUGGGACUCCUGCUGUGGAAACGUCUUACAAACAAUUUGCAAGAUCAAGUGUGCACUUCUACCACAGAUUUUAUAACUUCCUUUUCAGGAACUCAGUGUUGGAUCAGUUUUUCUUUGAUUAAAAAUCAAAAUAUCGCAGUUUUGUAAUACCACGAUAGUGUUCUGAGGUGAUGAUUAUUGUUAGCUAGUAAGGACAUUCUUGUCAAAUGUUAUAGCUUAGUUUAAACCUGCUUAGAUGUUAAUACUGUACAUCGAUAUGUAACUACACAGCUCUGGCACUGCCAGUUCAUAAAAGAGAUGUGUUUUGCACUUAAAGAGUUGGACUUUAGAUCUUAUCAUUGGAGUCGGACAGACAAAAUGCCCAAGUUUUAACAUUUUUGUUUUUCUAGAGCGGUUUAAUUGGAUUUGUGUUAUUUCUUAUGGGAAAAAAUGAUUUUUUUUAAGAAUACAGUUAGAGUCGGACCUUCUGGAACAGAUCUGUGACGCUAACCAAGGUUCUAAAUCAUGUUCAGUUCCAACUCGUUGCCUCCAAUGAAGCUGUGGAAACAUCUACAAGGAUGAAAAUUCUGCUUCAUGACAAAGGCUGUGAAUACUUUCUUAGUUUUUUAUUUUAAAUAAAUUUGCAAACAUAAACAAAUCCGGUGUCCUUACGGCGGUGUUGUGUGUAGCUUUUUGAUGAAGAAAACUGAUUUGAAUCCGGAAUAGCCCUGAAACAUGACAAAGUCUGCAAAUACAUUUUAAUUUUGUUCUAAAAGCGGAGUGUACACUAUGAAGAUUGUACAUUGCGACUAUUUUUGGUACCGUACUGUUUUAUAUGGAGCCAGUAUUCGUCAACAGGCUUGUCACAUAAAAAAGCCACGAAUGUCAGCAGUGCGGCACGACGCUGCUUCAAGGCUGUUUCCUCCAUCUGAUGACACAAAUUCAAUGAACCGCUAAUGAAUUCUUCAAUUCAUGCCACCGCACUGCAAAACAGUUGCAUGCUUUGGGCUUUAAUGCAAAUGGAGAAUCUGAAGAGGGUCGAUUUCUGCCAGCUCCUUCGUAUGCACACACGCCGAGACGCUCUUUGAACUUUUAUAACGUCGUCUAAGGGUAGCAUUAAUAUUGAUAGUAUUAACAACAGGCUUGAACAUGGACAGCCCAUUUCAAAAAUGCAUACUUUUACUGUGCUUUUUUUUUUUUUUUUUUUUUUACACAAACAUUGCUGUUUUGGUGCUUCAAACACCGAACUUUCGGAAAACUCCAGCCAGGGUGAUGAUUUUCAAAAACGUAGCUUCUGAGCUUGUGUUGCGUUGAUUUCUCUUCGGGAUUACUUACUCUGCGUGCUGAAUUUCAUGGCUUCACUCUAUCUUGGAUUUUCAAAAAUAUACUCAUAAAUCGUGCUGUUUCAUGUCCGAUUAGCAGUCAGAAUUAUUAGUAGUAGUAAAAAAAAAGCGUAUUUAAGCAAAUUUCAUGUAUUUUUGGACUAAAAUAAUGGCUAAAUGCAGUAAAAUACGAAUAUAAGGCAUUCAGAAGAUGCAUUCAAAGACGUGAUGAUAUGUAGUAUUCUACACUGGUCACCAGGUGUCAGUAAUGUUACUGUAAUGUUGGGUGAGACACACAAGCACCAGACUUGAUUGCUUUUAUUGCAGGUUUGAGUGAUCCCACAACAGGCACAGUAAUUCCUAACACGGACUACCGUUGAGUUUAUAACUAAAGCUGAGCUAAAAUUAAUCCUGAACGCCCAACGUCACUUCCUGUCUGCCCCCUCACUCAGCCCCCCAGCACCGGGACACAUUUACAGCAACACGUACGAACGCGAGUCUUAUUCAUGUCUUAUAUGUCUUCUUUUCUUUUAUUAUGUCUGCUACAUUGUUAAAAUAUAAUAAUAUAAUAAUGUUAAAAUGUUUAUUUAGAAGGUCAUAAACAGGUUUUCUAUGCUCAAACUACAAAAAUAUUUAUAAAUAAGGAAUGCUACUUCCAGGAAAUUCACUUAUCACAGUUGGGUCUGGAACCAAUUAACCGCGAUUAACAAGGGAUGUACAGUGUUCCCUCGUUUAUCGCGGGGGAUAGGUUCGCAAAAUAGCCCGCAAUAAGUGAAAUAGUAGUCAGUAGUCGACUUUAUUGUUUUACAAUUACAAAAACUGACUGCGCCUCUUCGUCUUGGCCCCGUUGGGCUGUAGCGUUUUUGUAUCCUUGUUAAAACAUACUGCGCCCGUCGUUGUAUUUCCUGAGCUUCUUCUGUUUCUUCUAUUGUUUACAGUAUUGGCGCUUAGCAAGCAGCCCACAUUUGGUAGCCAUGACCACAACAACAGACGGCACAAAGGAGAUUGAUUGACACUGGUCUACAGCCAAUCAGGAUGCAGAAGACAAUGGGCGGUGCAGACAGAAGAGAGAGAAUAGAGAGAGAGCACAGAAAUACAACACUCAACUUCCCACAGUGCAGUUCUUCUUAAAGGGCCAGGCUCAGCGUUCAUACACUGUAAAAUGAUAAAAUAAAGCACUAAAGUUGCACAAAAAAAGACAAAAGAGUCCGCGAAAGGUGAACCGCGAUGGAGGGAGGGGACACUGAACUAGUAUAACACGCAUGGGAGAUUUAAAAAAGAAAAACAUUCACUGGCAAGCCUCCUGUAUUCGAACUUUCUUGGCAGAAUGUCAGGAUUUUCCCUUACUUUUCUCAUAAUAACCUUAUUUUCAAAUGUUGACAGGUAUGAUUUAUGUUGUUUCUUGGAUCCAUGUAAAAAAUGAGCACUGAAUUUAAAGAUGAUGUGUACGGCGAUGUGCUGUCGUCCCUCGUUUAUCAGCGGUUAAUCGGUUCCAGACCCGACCGUGUUAAAUGAAUUUCCGGGACAAAGGAUUCAUUGUUAAUAAAUGGAAUAUUUUCAUAGUUAGAGCAUAGAAAACCUUUUUAUGACUUUCUAAAUAUGGUUUGAACAUUAUUAGAGCCCUCUAAACAUGAAAUAACUCACCGAUAUUCAUCUUUCUUGUUUACGCCACAUUGCAACUCUUAUGCUGCAGGGACUCGAGACGGCCGCAAGUAGCAAGCUGGCGAGCUAAUCAGUUAAAUUUGUUUCUUCUAAACUUAAGAAGCCCGAAUGCUACCACUUCCGCACGUGUUGGGAGGAGAGACUCGAUGGCUUCUUGCGGUGUUAAGUAGGGGUGUCACGCGACACACGAGCUUGGAUCUACGAGAACAAGGCGAGACGCAGUUUUAACUUUACUUUUAAGAACAGUGCAGUGACAAAAUAUAUCAAAUAAAUGACAAUAUAUUGCAAUCUGCUAAUAUAAUUUCUAUUAUGUUACACUCUUCUGGACUCUGUGUGUGUGUGUGUGUGUGUGUGUGUGUGUGUGUGUGUGUGUGUGUGUAUGCUCCAUCCACCCAGACAAAGAGACCGUAUGACGGACAAAAGGGCUCACUCUGUUGAUCUACGGAGCAAACGGGCCACCUGCCUGUUUGGAGGCAAGAGAAGAUGAAAACAGGCACGCAUGCACAUGAGGCCGGCAAAAUGAUCAAGUUCAUUUUCAUUUCUUUUGUGAUUCAUUUGUUAAUUUAUUAUCACCCCAGGCCUAGUGGUAAUGUAAGGUAUUACUGACGCCUACUGACCACUUGUAUUUCAAUAUGUUUUGACUAAUAACCGACCAUAGCCUACCACGAAACAGCGAUCAUUUAUUCAUCAAUUCAUUUCUGAAAAAAACAAUACAGCGAGGGAGCGAUAAUCGAACCGGGAUAUUGCGACUGUACUAAUAUCUCACUAUAUUGAGGAACAGAGUGGCAUUAUAACACACACAAGUGAGCUGUGGUUGCAUUUCCCAGCUUCUAAUCGGCCAAAAUGCGCAUAAAAACCCAACAAACUUUACUGCUGUGGAUGGGGUGAGGGAAAUGUUCAUUUUUGAAGAUAUCUGUGGACGUAGGUGAAGGCCUAUUGCCAUUAAUGCCGAAAUAUUCGCUGGUGUAUCAUAUGUUUGUCCCUCGCCAUGUCUUUCUCAUUACACUACUUGUGUAUUGAACAGCGAUGACAAUACUUCUUGUAACAUUGUGCCCUAAAUAACGCGGUGUGAGAAAUGUCAAGAUAUCGUAGACAAUCACUCAGUCUGCCUUAACAAACACACAAACACACACACCCACAUGCACACACCUGGAUGUCCCUGCUGAGACGGUUGUGUGUUACACGGUGUAUAUUUAUGUUGUGAUGUGACAUUUGACAAUUGACUGAAACUCGAAAAAGCUCUUUGUUCAGGUCACUCUGCUACUGUUGUUGAUAUUGCUUUGUUUAUUUGCCCUUUACCUGUUCUUUUGUUUCGUUUUUUUCCUUGUGGGUUGACAAGUCUGUCCCGACUGACGUGCUUUUUCUUGCCAAAAGAGACAGUGACCCAGGCAUUUUGUUUUGUUGCAAUAUUUUAUUGUAAUAGUAUCACACCAAUAAAAGUUGCUGAAAUAAAGCUG